AUGGCGCCAGCCCUGUUGCUCGAUGAAAGCAGUAGCCCCUGCACAGUGUCUGUUGCCAGCGCUUCACCAUCGACGGACAAUUGCACUCCAGUAAUGGCGGCUUCGUGGAAUCGUCAGAAUCGCCGGAGUCCACUUCUCAAACGUAGUGUGAGGAGUGUCCCACUCUGGCUCACGAGUGCAAAAGGAAGCUGGCUAUCAGUUACCGAUGGCACCAAGACCUGGAAGUUGUUUGAUGCUUCUGGUGGGGCUGGAGUGUCCAACAUUGGCCAUGGCGACAGGCGAGUUCAUGAGGCAAUCAAGAGACAAGAAGAAACGGGAGUCACCUACGCAGCUUCUAUGAGCUUCGAUACAGAGGCAGCGUGGGAGUUUGCAGACUACCUUGUCGAAUCGACAGGCGACGAGAUGGCUGAGGUGGCCUUCUACAGUUCAGGCUCUGAGGCUACCGAGGCGGCUAAGAAGCUGGCAUAUCAGUACCACUCCAAGUUGAAGCAAGAGGGCCAAUCUGGCCGACGAUGGUUCAUUGCUCGUGAUCGAUCAUAUCACGGAGCGACGCUGGGUGCUCUCGAAGUCAGUGGGCACAAGGGACGGAAAGACAUGUACAAGCAGAUUCUGCCUGACAACACGCAAUUUGUCUCUCCAUGCAACCCAUAUCGAGAUAUGAAGGAUGGGGAGACUGCAGAUGAGUAUGUUAAGCGGCUGGCAGAAGAGCUCGAGAGCAAGAUUUGUGAGCUUGGUGCGAACACGGUGGCGGGAUUUUUUAUGGAGCCAGUUGUGGGUGCGGCACUUGGCUGCGUUCCAGCAUUGCCUGGCUACCUGACGGCCAUGAAGAAGGUGUGCAAAAAGUACAAUGUACUCUUCAUCUUGGACGAAAUCAUGUGUGGCAUGGGGCGUACGGGCUACAUGCACGCUUGGCAAGAGGAGGGGGUGGUUCCAGAUAUUCAGCUGGUGGGCAAAGCGCUUGCGGGGGGCUAUGCAGCAGUUUCGGCACUGCUCGUUAGUGCGGAUAUUGUCGACACCCUUGGGAAUAGCUGCUUUGCUCAUGGCCACACGUUCCAGAACUUCCCAGCGGCAUGCGCCGCCGGUCUGGCGGUGCAGCAGAUUGUGCACCAAGAUCAUCUUGUGGAGAAUGUCAAGGAUAAAGGGGACAAGCUAAUGAAGAAGUUAGUGGCGCGCCUUGGCGAUCAUCCCAACGUCGGAAACAUACGUGGAGCAGGUCUCUUCCGAGGAAUUGAGUUUGUACGCGAUAAAAAGAGCAAGGCGCCAUUUGACUCGGAGGCAGCCAUAGCGUGGAGAAUUCACGAGAAAGGGCUGAGAGACGGAUACAACGUCUACGUUUACCCAGGGUCCGGGACUGUUGAUGGCGAGCGCGGAGACCACAUCAUUAUUGCCCCACCCUUCAACAUUACGGACAGCGAUGUCGACACGAUUGUUGAGAGCGUGGGCAAGUUGAUUUUCGAUUUCUUUGAAGACAUCAACAGCCCGCCCAAGUUGUAG